AUGGCAAUGAAAAGGACAAGUGAUGCCUUAUUAGAAAAUUUCCAGGUCGCUGACGCAACGCCGCUAAGUGAUAACGGAAAUGCUAAUGGCACGGCUGGUGGCGACGGCGGCGGCGAUGGAAGUAACGCUGCAAGACUAACAUCGUCUAAUGGCAAUAAGAAGAGAAAUAAACUCAUAAAGUCGUGCGGAUUUUGUAGGAGAAGGAAACUUCGUUGCGACCAACAGAAGCCAAUGUGUUCUACAUGCAUUUCUAGAAACUUAGUGGAUUGUCAAUACGCUGAAGAGUUCAAUAAGAGCGUUGAAAAAAAAGCCAUCUAUGGAACUUUUUCUAACGUUGAAUUACUUAAGAAAAUCGACGAUUUGGAAAAUAAGAUUCGUACGCUAGAAAACAACAGAAAUACCAAUUCGCCUACGAACUUCGUGUGUAGCUCUUCGAAUUUUUCGCUUUUGAACUCUACGACUUGUGGAGGAUCUACUGAAUCUCCGGACCCUUUACCAAACGGUGUCAUAAAUCCAUACGCUGAUCGCUACUACGUACAAUGUAAACAUUCAGGUAGGUCGAUAAUAUAUGGCCCAACCUCUAUGAGGACACAGAUUUCCAGUACUAAUUGGGGGUUUAUUGCAAAAUAUGAACAAUUAUGGACCAAAGUUAAAGUGGAGAGGAACAUAUGGAAGAAAAACAAUCAAAAGACAAUGUGUAGAGAAUUGUGCCUUUUAAAGGAGUCAAGCUGGGAACCUGGCCCACUGCUUGAACAAAUAUGCAAGUUUUUACCAACGUAUGAGAAAAUCUUUUCAAUCAUAGACCACGUCUUUGAUGAUGAAGUGAUCAACGAGUUUAAUAUUAUCCUAGACAAGACUAAAAUUACCAAAGAUUAUAUAGAUUACUUUAUGCCAGGUAAAGAAGCCUUACCAAAUGGCGAGAGACCCAUCGUUUACAUCUUGUCCAACUCAAAGAACAAUUAUUAUAAAGCCGCAGUGAUACUAAUGAUCCUUUGUCUAAGGUAUUUCUAUGGGAACAUCCCAGCACCUCUAGAAAAGCUUCUGAUUUUCCUGAACGGUACCUCCACGGAGAAAGUAUUCUAUAUCGAACGUGCCCAAAUGUUGAUACUGCUAUUUUACCACCGUGAACUUCACUCAUUUGGCGGGGAUGGUUCUCAUCUGCUCAAUAUAAACGAGUCAUUAUUUGCUACAGUCACCACAUUAGGAUUGCAUCUAGACAUUAGGAAAAUUUUCAAGGGCGAAGAACAAUCCAUGGGUAGCCUGGAAAGUUUGGAGAAUAUCUGGUUCAUGGCAAUACUGAUCGACUACACCAUGUCUUCCCACAUUGGUAAGCCUUUGAUGAUCAACAAGUUUUAUCUAGACGAAACUCAGGAGUACUGUGUUUUGAACGAUCAGAGUAAAACUUAUGAGGGGAAGCUGAAAAGAUACUUGAAAAUGGCAAGAUCCAUGUUAUUUGCUCUUUACGAUAGAGAAAAGUUCCCCGAUUUGAAACUUUUUUCCAAGCAACUUAUUAGUUUUGUAGAAGAAGAACUCGGACCACUGGGACAUUACACGGACGAAAACCUUGCCGUGGAGGUCCCCUUAAAGGAAACUAGGAUUAUAUGCAUGGCACUGGGCCUAAUAUUAUCAUUCUAUGCGUUGGUGCACUCUGUGUUGAAAGUCAGGACCUUUGAAUCCAAAAACAAUACGUUUCAAUUGGUUCUGAUAAAUUUUUCCAUCAUUGUGAACACCACGAUCCGAUGCUUCCUCAUUGAUAAAGAACGGUAUCCGGAGUGCUUCAAGCCUUCGUACCCGCAUUUGCCACCAACCAUGGCGAUGUCGAUGGGCCUUAGAGCGGGGCUUUUUUCAAAAACUUUAGUGUUCUUUUGUUCCUUGAUAUUUUUCAAGCUGACGCUUUUUGAAAAUGGGAUAUGCCUGUCCAACGAUAUGGAAUGCGGAUGGUCGGAUUUGACCAGCAUAACCGUUCCCUUAGACAAAGACUUGUCGAUGGGCACGGCGAUGAAACUAUACACCGAGAUUUCCGACCGUUUAUUUAAUGCGGGGGAUAAACUUCUGGUACGCACUAUGCACAAUUCACCGCAGUUUAUAAUAGAAUUGGCCAUCGAAAGGACUUCAAGAACCAUUCUUGGAAAUGUUCUGGAGUUCAGAAAAAUGACCGAGGAAACGUGGCUGUCACAAAUCAGACAGGAACUAGAUCCGCUGCCGACAGAACUAAGAAGCGAGCAAGAACAGCAUCACCAACACCACGCGCCUUUGAACAGAGAGGCGUCUCUUCCACAGGAGCCGGGCUCUCCGGCUCCGCCAUCCGCUCCUUCGACGGAUCCGACCACUGUACCUUCACAGGGUGAUGAUAAGAAUCCUACAAAGAGUCAAUCAGAGAUCAUUCAGAUGUUGACCGAUGAGUUCUGGACCAACUAUAACCUGGGCUGGGAAGAACUGAUAAACCAAUCCGAGUUUUCCACUAUGUUCAAUGACAUCGAAGGCAGCACUGCUGAACCAAAGGGAUGGUAA